AUGCCACGAGCAACGUCGGAAAAGUUUGCAAGGCUUCAUCAAGCCGCGGCCAAAUCGAACAAGGCGCCGACGACCCUUCAGGUCGGUGGCUCGAGUAAGGGAUAUCAGACUGCGAGUGGAAGUGGCUCGACCUCAAAGUCCAGUGGAGCUGGAAAUCCGCUGUUCAAUACAGAACGCUUUGGGCAGCACAUCUUGAAGAAUAAAGCAGUAGCUCAAGCCAUCGUGGAAAAGGCAAACCUCAAGCCUACCGACUCGGUGCUAGAAGUUGGGCCAGGAACAGGAAACCUCACCGUCCUGAUACUAGAAAAGGCGAAACAUGUCACAGCCGUCGAGGCUGACCCACGAAUGGCGGCAGAAUUAGUCAAGCGGGUACAGGGAACACCUGAACAACGAAAACUCGAUAUCACUGUUGGCGACUUUGUCAAGGCCGAGCUACCCUUCUUUGAUGUCUGCAUUAGCAAUACUCCAUAUCAGAUUUCUUCCCCUCUUGUGUUUCGCCUAUUGUCCCACCGCCCUCUCCCGCGCGUCGCCAUUCUCAUGUUCCAACGUGAAUUCGCCCUCCGACUAACAGCGACACCCGGCACAGAAUUCUGGUCGCGACUCAGCGCCAACGUUCAGCUAUAUGCCAAAGUCGACCACAUCAUGAAAGUGUCCCGCAACAACUUUAUUCCUCCUCCAAAUGUUGAAUCUUCGGUCGUUCGUAUUACACCGCUCUCGCCCCCACCGCCUGUCAGAUUUGAAGAGUUUGACGGAUUGACGAGGAUACUCUUCACGAGGCGGAACAAGACCUGCCGUGCAAACUUCCAAGCUUCUGGCGUAGAAAAGAUGAUGAAAGACAAUUGGUCUCAGUGGAAGAGGGAGCAGAAAGCUCAAGGGAAAACCAGCAUGGAUGUCGACGAGGAAGACACGAUAGAUGCGAAAGAGGCCAUCGAAGAGAUUCUCACCAAAUCUGGCUUCUCAGAUGCACGACCCGCAAAGAUGACAGUCGACGAUCUCCUAAAAUUGCUUCACGCAUUUCACGCCCGAGGAUUCCAUUUCGCUUAG